UGCGUGAGGAUGCCCGCCGCAGCACAGAUGGAAACACCCAUACUUUAAAGCACUAGCCCACACCGCCCCUCCUCCAUCAGCUGAUGACGGUAUAUAAUGUCAACCCUGAGCUUGGCAGGAAGUGCAGCUUGCGCCUAGCUGGAACAUGAGGCGAAGAAGCUGUUUUAAUAAUAGCUUCUUGAACAAAAAAAACCUCAGCUUUUGACGAACAAACAAGAUGGACAGUUACAAAAGAGGACGACCAUGGGGAAAGCUAGUCAAAGUGGGCUCCAGUGAGACUGUCCUGCUGUUCAACAGGGAAUGCACAGUUGGCAGAAAAAGAGGAUGUUAUCUGUCCUUUCCGGCCAACAAACUGGUAUCAGGGGAGCACUGCAAGAUUGUGCAGGAUGAAGGCUCAGGACUGGCAUGGCUGGAAGACAUGAGUACUAAUGGCACGGUGAUCAACAUGUCCAAACUGGUCAAGAAGCAAACUCACAUGUUGCAGAAUGGCGAUGUCAUCUACUUUGUGUACAGGAAAAGUGAGCCAGAACAAAACGUUGCCUACGUUUACCACUCAAUCAAAACGGAACAGGCUAUUUCACAUCAUAGCUAUGACAUGGACAGGUUGGCCCACAGUCCUGCUCCAGUUCCAUCUUCAGAGAUGACUCUCUCAGUGGAGCCCGUAAUGCUUACAAAGGCUCCUCAUGAUCCAACACAGGAGGAACCUCAGCCCUCCACCUCUGCUUCCCACUUCUGCAUUGAGAGCCCUACAACUUGUGGUCCCAUGGCAACCACAGCCUGUCCUGCCUCUGGCCAAGCUAAACAUGCUUCCACGGAGCAAGAAAAAGACGUAGACAACAUGGAGCCAGGAAGCAAGAGGAGAAAAACUGAUGACGAAAAAGAUUACAAUCCGGGUUUGCCACAUACCUCCCUUACAGAAGUGGUUGGCUCAACUAAGGGAAGUGCUGGGAGUGUUUUGUCUAAACCACCCGUGGAAGGGACUAAAACAGACAAGAUGGAGGAGACCCUGACGUGUGUUAUUUGCCAGGACCUACUGCAUGACUGUGUCAGCUUGCAGCCUUGCAUGCACGUCUUUUGUGCUGCCUGCUACUCCGGCUGGAUGGAGCGCUCUUCUCUUUGCCCCACCUGCCGCUGCCCUGUGGAGAGGAUUCAUAAGAAUCACAUCCUCAACAACCUGGUGGAGGCCUACCUCAUCCAGCACCCAGAGAAGUGCCGCAGUGAGGAGGACCUAAAGAGCAUGGACAGCCGUAACAAGAUAACUCAGGACAUGCUGCAGCCAAAAGUUGAGCGCUCUUUCUCUGACGAGGAGGGCAGUUCAGAUUAUCUGUUUGAGCUGUCUGACAAUGACAGUGACUCCUCAGACAUUAGUCAGCCUCUAGUGGUGUGCAGACAGUGUCCUGGCUACAGGAGGGAGAUCAGUCAAGUGCUGUUUGCCUCAGGUUCUAACUUCUGGCUCCCUGGUCUGCCAGCUCCACCGCCUCUGCCUCCUUCACCCAAACCAGCAACUGACGAGGAAUCUGCAUCUGCAAAGGCCACAGGGGAGCAGCCCUCAACAUCCUCUGAUAUUCCCUCAGCUCCUCACGAGUACCGCUGCCCCCCUCAGGGCUGCCAUCUCAUCUGCACCUGCUGCCUCCAACCAAUGCCAGACAGACGGGCCGAGCCAAACAGCCAGCAGGUUAUUGCUCAGCAAUGUGUGCUGUGCCAUCGACCCUUCUGUCACAUGUACUGGGGUUGCCAGAGGAUUGGCUGUCAAGGCUGUCUGGCUCGAUUCAGUGAGCUCAAUCUGACAGACAAAUGCCUGGAUGGUGCGCUGAACAACAACAACUAUGAAUCAGAGGUCCUCCAGAACUACCUGACCUCCAAGGGUAAGUCAUGGAGAGAUCUGCUCCAGGAGGCUUUGCAAAGCUUACAGCAGGGACAUUACCAUCCUACAGAUUGUCGUGUCUCUGCUGAUGCCAUCUUGUGCUACUGCUGUGGCCUGCGAGCAUUCAAAGAGCUCGCCUACAAGUACAGACAGAACAUCCCUUCAUCUGAACUGCCAGCUGCUGUAAUAUCUCGUCCUGACUGUUACUGGGGACGCAACUGUCGCACGCAGGUGAAGGCACAUCAUGCAGUGAAAUUCAACCACAUAUGUGAGCAGACACGGUUCAAGAGCUGAACGAGCCGAGUGGUUUGUUUCUUUACAAACGUGUCAAAUUGUAGAUAAGUGAGCAUCUCGUAGACACAAUCUUGUUAUGUUUCGUCCAUUAUAGCUAACUGCCUUCCAGAUGUUAUGCAAUAACCUAAUGCAGAAAUUACAAUCAGUAUCCAUUUACAAUAGUGGCCAGUGUCUUACUUGACACUGGGCUGUGUGAAAUCAUGCUAUGCACAAUAACAUUAAAAUUCAAUGUUUACUAAAGGUUUAAGAUGCUUUUUUAGAGUAAAGACCUGUAAGGGCAUUUAACACCAGCCUCCAUUUAAAUUUUAAUACAUUUUGUCUAUGGCUUAUGCGUUCAUCUACCACAUAACCAAACACCAACUGUUUGGGUAAUUUAUUUGUUGUUUGUUAAAAAUGCUUCCUGACAUGUCCUCCAGCCUACGUGACAAAUGUUUUCUCAGAGUAUGAGACGCAAUCUCUAUGGAUUAAGGCCAUUUAUGUACGCUUACACAUAGUGGUGAGCAUGUUUUUUUCUUUUUUAUAACAAGUCCUCCUCCAGCCUUGGCAGUUGAGGCUUAAAACACCUGAUGUAUAUUUACGUACUUCUGUCUUAAGAAUGCUGAAUGAAGAAUCCAGGGCUUCCUACAACAUAAUGCAGAAAAAAAACAUCUGUAUCACAGUGAAGUGAUACAGAGUAGGGCAGCAGAGCACCAUUUAGGUGUUUCCAUGAUCCAACCUUUUUUAAAGUAUAUAUUGUAAAGUAAAAAUCCCUGACCUCUGAGGGACUUUCCUUUUUCAACAAGGCAUUACUGUGUUCCCAGACGAGGGCAAAAAGCCACGUCCAAGCCCCACAUGUGCACCAGGGUAGAUUCAUAAUCCCAUGUGACAUUUGUAUAGGACUGGCAAGGGGAUCAAUGUGUACGGGGGCCUCUAUUGUAUGCUUUGCUCUGGAUAAUCAUCUCCAAGGUGAUUAAAGUAGUGUAGAAUGGGAUGCUUUCUCAGAGCCUUCUAGUAAGGGCUAAGCUGUGAUGAAAUGCACAGAUGAAAAGAAAAUAGUCUGCACUUCAGUAAACCACUAAUAUGAUGAAGGUGAUGUUCCCAUUAGGAGCAUCAACCUGUAGUGUAGAGAUUUGCAGGAUACACUUGGAGAAGGAAAGGUUGAGAGAAUAGUGCCAAUACAACACAACGGUAUGUUCUGUUGCCAUUUGUGUUUCUGUCUUACUUUUUGAUAGAGGUUUUAUUCAGAUGUUUUGGAAAAUAUUCAUUUUGGUAAGAUUUUCUCCAAUUCCUCAGGUACACAAAGCUGCUGUUUUUUGGGGUUUCUUUUAAUUGCAGCUUAAACAUGAUUGGUGGUUAGAGGAGUUCUGUGUCAACAUGUAAAAGCUGUCACCACACAGUCAUGUUGAAUUUGAUGACCUCUCAUUUAUGACUAUCAGCACCCAAGUGUCAGUGAGUCCCCAGUGAGAUCUGGUAUUGAUGUCUACUGUAAAAAGAAAAAAAUACGCCUUCGAUUUUUGCGACUUGGUAGCCAAGUCAAAUAAGACCAUAUAGACAUUAGUUUGAAGAGGCCUUAAAUAUUGAGAUAGAAGAAUGAAGUAAUGGCCUUGAUGUUUCCCUGUGUUUUGUAGAAUCACUGUUAUUGGCGUGUAGAAAAUGCUGGUGGACGUGAAGAAUGAGGGAGUAGAAAAUGUUAAACGCAGGGCUUAGCUUGCAUCCAGUACAUUUAAAUGCUGGUCCAUUUCUCCAUUUUAAUUUAGUUUUUCAGUUGAUUGUAGAAGAAUAAAAUAAAGAUACUCAAGAUGUCUGGAUGUGUUUUUAUAUUGUACAGCCAUAAGGAUAUUUGCACAUAACUUGACUCUCACAAUUGGAAAGUCUUCUUUUUCAGUCAGAGUAUGACAUAUCAGUAAUAGCUCAUAAAUAUCCGCUCUGUGGUCAAAUGAGGAGUUUCAUUCCAUCUUUUAUUAUAAAUCAUCAGGAAGGGAAUGCAAGGAAAAUUAUUUUUAAUGGAUGUCUUUGAUAGUGCUUUUUUUUUUCUUUUUUGCUUAAUGUUAUUAGACACAUUAGCCAUAGUGAAUAUAGAACUGGAAUGUGUUGUCCUGAUAUGUAGCGCUUCAUAUUUUUGUUGUGAAUGGGCACUUUCCUGGCCUGUGCCAGAGCUCCUGAGUUAAUCUGUGGUGUUAGCAAGGUGGUUUAGGUGUGUUUUUCUUUUUCUGUGUUUUUUUUUUUCUUUUUUUACCCCUUCAAUCAUGUUGGGUCCACACUGGCAUUCCUUAGCGGCUCAGGCCCUCAGCACAA